AUGCAACAGCUUGAAUGCGUGCGUACCACUGAGCUUACGGACUGGCGUCCAACAAACAUCCAAGGUGCCUACUCCUCCAAAACUUCACCAAUCUGGAUGCAACUGACAAAUGGAAGCAACUCACAUCGGUUCAUCAUCAUCAUCAUCAUCAUUGACAGCAUGACAUCAGUGUUCAACACCGAUGCUUCACUGCCGUACAACCAUGAUUUAUUUGAAAGCCUUAUUUUUAUUUGUGUAUGUGCAAUUCAUGGCUGUACGUGGGCUGGGAUACUGCCAGGGCGCCCAUACCUAGACAGGAGGACGAUUAAGGUCCUCAACCAAAGCCUUUGGCUCAAAAGCCUAACCGCAAGGCAGCGGUGUCUGGCGGGAAAUGCAAAUGCAUUACCAUUUCUACGGAACAAGUCGCCACAUGUUCCAACCCCCAACCUGGAGGGCCAUGAGACUGUGUUCGUCAGACCUCUAACCAUUGACCAACCUGGUGUGAGAGACUCUGUGAGUGUCGCGGGACACUCUCCAGUAUAG